AUGGGAGGUGGUGGUUUGAUUCGUGACAUGAAUGGAACUUAUUUGGUGGGCUUCAUGAGUUAUGCUUGUGGGGUUAACCCAUUCUUAGCAGAAGCUUUGGCACUACGUCAGGGUGUGUGUAUAGCGUGGAUUCGCGGUUUCAGGCAGGUGCUUUGUGAGGUAGAUUGUGCUGAGCUAGCGCCAGUUCUUGAGGAUGGUGAGGGCCUGAGAUUCCAUGUAGAGAGGUGGAUUCUUAAAGACAUGCUUGGUAGAAGUUGGAGGGUUAGCCUCGCUUGGAUCCACAGGGAGGGGAAUGAUGUUGCAGAUUGGCUUGCCAGAGGGGGCUCAUUCGCCUAUGUCUAG